UGCAGUGAUGUCACUCCGGCCCACUCCUUUUCAGUACAAAUGCAGCAGAGCAGAGCUCAGCCUGCAUACCACUGCUGCUGACGACCGAUCCCACACACACACACACACACACUCACACACACACAUCAGACACUCGUCACGCCGCUCUCAGAGGCGCCGGAGCUCAGAGCCGCACCGGAAGAUGCAGCCGGCUGGCAGCCACUGACAACCUUUAGCAAUCAGUCAAUCGGGACACACUCAGCCUUCACUUACAGAGAGGCCAGCCCAGAGGAAGAGGACUUGGCAAAGGACACAACCGUGACCUGCACAUUCUCACCAGCACCCGAUCCCGCUUCCUUCAAAGAGAAGGGAACCUGACUCUGGGGCAGGAAAAAGGAGCGAUCGUACCCCGCGCUGAAACUCAAGCCGCCAGGCGGAGGGACGGAGGGGGCUGACCGCCGUGCCUGACAGCCGACAAGGAAGCGAGAUGCUGGCUAAGAUCCUGGAGGACAUGUGGGUGGAGCCCGAGGUGCUGGAGGCCCUCAGCGAGGAGCAGAAGAGGAUCCUCUUCCUAAAGAUGAGAGAGGAGCAGGUACGCCGCUGGACGGAGCGCGAGGAGAGGGAAGAAGGAGAACCCAGCAAAAGGCCCAAGAAAGCCGACAACAAACAUGUGAGGUGGCUGCUGGGUCGGGACGGAGACGUGAGCGUCAUUGUGAUCGGAGAGGUGGACGAGUUCAGGUCCUCCAAACUCCUCCAGAGCCUCAUGAACAACAGCGUCCACAGUGACCAUGUCCAAGGCGUCCAGGCGGUGGACUUGCUGCCAGCAAGAGAGAGCACGCAGCUCACCUUAAAAGAAGAGCUUCCGCUCGCAGAUGUUCUCGAGGCCCCCUCCUCCCCGCACGACAACUGGUCCGAGGAGGACUCCUGCAGCGCCGAGGACGACCCGAAGGACCCCGCCGAGGACAGCGGCAGCGAAUCAGGCGGCAGCUCGGACACCCGCGGCGACUGGACUCCUCUACGCGGGCCCCGUGUUAGUAGCCAUGGCAACCGGCCGCCGCCUGAGGCCCAGCUGUCAGACGCAGAGAGGGCAGGCCCACAGGACAGAGAGAAGUCGCAGCAGGGAGGCCGCGUGGCGCAGCUCAAGAAGCAGUUUGCGGAUGACGCUCACAGCCCACCCGCCUGCACCAAGCCUCCUGUACCCACCAAACCCGCUCACCUGCAGAGAAGCAGCGCACUCGUGAUCCAAUCAGACUGAAGGUGCGUCCGGGCCCGCAAUGCGGCGACGCCGAGACAAACUCGUGCGAAAAUUACCCGGCUCAGCAUGACCGAUGGACCGGCCCCGAGGCCGCACAGAGAAACGGAUCUUCACUUGAGCCGGAAGCGGUGACCUGAGAGACACUAUGUGAGGCCACGGCACACCGACCCACAGACAAACGUCUAAGGGGGGAGCAGGGGGGAGCGGGGGGGGGGGGGGGUAGGGUGAGAGAAAUACUUGAACGCUAUUUCGACCUGAUAAAGAAAAACCAAGAAGCUUUGAUGUUGCCGAGUCCAAAUGGUUUGUGUGAUUGACAGGCAGACACGGAGAGAUGUCUGGAGACACAAACCCUGACAGACUGUUGAAUACAGGAGGAAACACACUGCCGCACUUGAUAAAUGAGUAUCAAAGGUUUUUUUUCUAUUGAGGACGUUUAAGCAAGGUUAUUGGAAACGGAAACAUGUGUUUGAAUAAAAUAAAUCCUAUGCUACUGUGCUGUUCAAAAACUUUAAAGGCUACACUGUUUUAAAUAGUCCAUGUGACUAAUCUAUAUGCAUUUGGGGGGAGUUAAAUAAAAGGACUGAAUUCAUGAUAAAUAAUAAACUGACUGGUUUGCCAAAA